AAUUAUGAAUUCAAAAAAAUUAGCACAACUUUUUGUUGAAUUAAUUUCGAUUGUCGCUGUAACAAAUGGAAACUUUAUUACGUUCGACGGAGAGUGUCCAUCAGCGGAUCUGAAACCAUCAAUGAUAAAUGUCCUUCCAUUUAUUACAAACGUCGAGGUUAGUGCAAUUGCUUUAACAGCUCCAUUGUGUGGUAUAAACCGGACCGACUAUAAUGCAUUUUGGGAACACACCGAUUCUGGUACAGCUAAAAUUACAAAUAUUAUUCGAUCUACAGAAACUGGUGAAUGUGCUACAUAUUUAGCUUAUAUUAAAGAUAUGGAUCCUUUAACUGGAGCCUACGAUUUACUUUAUCAAGUUGCACCUAACACAAACUUCGCCGGAUAUAAAGUACACUUUUUAUCAUUCAAUCCAUCAACGAAGACUGGCUCAGCACUUAUUUGUCAUAAUUUACCAGAUUCCCGGUACCAAGUUGAAUUUACUCUAUUGUCAGCAUCAUCAUCAGAAUACGAUAAAGCUGCGCAGGAUGAAGUGAAAACUGUAUUAGAAACCAAUAAUUUAGGAUAUUUAAAUCCAUAUAUUUCUGGGAUUGAGCAUAGCAACAAAUGUUAUUAAUAUUUAUUAUUUUUAUUGAUCCACCGAAAUUAUUCAUUGUUUUCUAUCUUCAAUUUCUCUUUUCUGAAAAGUCAAAUCCAAAAUAUAUUAUUUAUAAUUUC